AUGUGGACCAUUCUGCUGCGUGACAAUGCCUUUGGCCAAUACAUGGUCUUGAACACGGACAAAAUUCCAGACCUCAGCCGCACCCGAGGAUCUCUACCCUCGGUGCGCGAUCUACAAGCCAGCUAUGCCAUAUCACACUACCUGAGGGCACUGUGGAUCCACACAACAAGAAGCAUGAGAGAUCAUCUUGGCGCGGAGAUCAUCGACAAAGCUCGGUUCCACGUCGUGCUUACCCUGCCGACUGUGUGGGCAAAGUGUGGCCAGCGGGCGUUGCGCAAGGGUGCAAAAAUAGCUGGGAUGCUUGAUCGUCGAAAAGCAGGCCCCACCAAGCUAACCGUAGUCCGCAGAAGUACUGCUGCAGCCCAGGGAGCUAUAUAUGAAGCUGUUCCAGAUUUGCAUGCGGGUGAUUCAUAUAUAUGUACAGGGGUGCGCUGCGGCGGCGACGCGGUGGAUGCGGCUUUCGAGGUCUCGCUACAGCAAUCAGCAAAUGCAAUGGGGGCCACACUGGGCAAGGCCGUGGUCCAACAUAUAAUGGCAAACGAAUGGGAACCGCGAAUCAAGCGCGCAUUUUGCGCCAGCGCAAGGGCAACCAUGUUCCCGCUGAAGCUGCAUUCCCAUACUCAGAAGUCUGUACGGAUCCAUGACCUGAUGCAAUCGCAUUUGAAGACGCAAGCAAGCACGUUGAGAUCCACGUUGGAGUCAAUAAACCCUGCCGACAUCGCGCAUGCAAACACCAUCUCGACAAUUCGGGAUCUUAUCGACGAUCAGAUUCUCAAAGUGCAGGCCCAGGGUCAGCACGUCAAGGGAAUCAUUCUUGCGGGCGGGCUAGGCUCAAGUCCACAGGUCUAUGACUGCCUGCAAACCGGGUACAUUCCCAAUAUUCACAUUAGCCAGGCGGACACAUCGACAAGAACGUCAAACGCCGCCUGCCGCGGGGCGAUAUACCAGGCGUAUCUCCAACCAGAUGAUGAAUAUGAUGAAUAUGGCGACAUACCUGAGGCAGAAAUCCCGGGACGUCAUCCACCCUCGUCACGGGAUGAGGAGAAUAAUUCAGCAUCAGACGUGAAUUUUGAGGGAGACUAUGACCCAGCACAGAUCAGGCAGCUGAGGAUGAUGACUUGCUGACUCCG